AUGUCAUAUCUAUUCAGGAACACGGGAGAUCAUGGUUCUCUCAAAUUUCAUCUUUAUAUAAAAUAUUUAUCUAAUAAUCUAUCUAUCUAUCUAUCUAUCUAUCUAUCUAGUGGAACAAAUAACAAAUUACCUAUUUGCUCUGUUAAUAUCUAUCUAUCUAUCUAUCUAUCUAUCUAUCUAUCUAUCUAUCUAUCUAUCUAUCUAUCUCCUUGUCUUUUCAUACCUCUUAAUCAUCUUUUUUUCAUCUUUACCUCUUCCUUUCCCUUUCUCUAUGUUUUCUUCACUUUCUUUCAUUAUUCUUCCUUUUUAUUGUCCUUCUCUUACAAUCAACCGCAGCAGUGUCAUUUGUGCUUCUACUCUCUCCAUUUUCCCUCUCUUCUUUACAGCUUCUCCCUCCUUCCACCCGAUAUCAUUUUUCUUCUUUAUACAUUUCCUUGUUUUGCCAGUCUCUUAGUUCUAUCACAAACCAUUUUUCUCUUCGGUUUUAUCAUCCUCCCUUUUCUUUCUUUCUUUCUUUCUUUCUUUCUUUCGUUCUUUCUUUCUAAUCUUUACAAUUUCCGUCUCACUUUAUUCUGUCUCUCUUUUAUUACACCCCACCUUUCUUUCUUUUCCGCCUCUUCAUUCUCUCUGCGUUGUCUUUCUUUCUUUUCCUUUCCUCUUUACUGCUCCUCUCUCACUUCUUUCUUUGUGCUUUCUUUUCUCUUUUAUCGCAUCUCUCUUCUUUCUACUGGCUUUUUCUCUCCCUAUUCUUUUUUUAUUCUCAUCCUGUAUUUCUUCCGUGUAUUUCUUCUCAUCUCCCCUCUCUCAUUACUUCUUUCCUUUCUCCCUUUCUUUUACUUUUCACUUCUCUCUCUCUCUCUCUCUCCCUCUCUCUCUCUCUCUCAAUUCUCACGAUAUUAUCAUCCUAUAUGUCUUCGUUCUAUUCUUUCAUUCUUCCACUCAUUCUUUGUUGCAUCCCUCUCUUUUUCUUCGUCUCCUUUGCUUCUGCCCCCUCUCCUUUUUGUAGAUUCUUUUCCUCCGCUUUCUCUCUCUCUCUUUCUCUCUCUCCCUCUCUAUUUUACUCCUUUAUUUAUUUAUUCUAUUUUCCUCACCCCUCUCUCAUUAUUGGGUUCUUGUAUUUUACUGUAUCUAUCGUUUCUGCCUCUUCUCCCAUUAUGGAUUCUACAUUUUCUUUCUCUUUAUUCUCUCUCCAUUUUCAUCUUAUAUUCGUUCCUUCUCUUCGACUUGUUCACUCUUUCUUUAUUGCACUUCUCCCUUUCCCUCUUUUACAGCAUUUCUCUCUUUCUACCUCCCCCUCUUUACGGAUUCUUUUUCUCUGUGAUUAUUUUUUCAUUUCUUCUUUUUUCUUAUCACCCACACAUUCACUCUUUGCUUCAUUUCUUACUUUCACUGUUUUACACGCUCUCUUUUCUUACUACCUCCCCGCUAUUUCUAAUUAACCUUCCCUUUUUCUUCUCUUCCUUUCUGAAUUCUCCUCCCUUAUUUCCUUUAUGUAUUUCUCCUCACCACAUUAUCUCUCUUUUAUGUGUUGUUUCGUCCAUUUUUCGCUCUUUCUGUUUUCACUUUCCUCCCUCUAAUUCUUUCUUCUAUCUUUCCUCUAAACCAUGA